GGGGCGGCCGGGGGCGCGCGCCCCUGAGUUUGCGGAGGACCCGGGCGCGCGGAGAGACUGGCCCGAAGUUUUGUCUCCCCGAGUGGGACGCUGAGGUGGAGCUCAGAGUUGGGAGUCUCGGAGAGGGAGCUGGUGGGGAGUGGCGGAGCCGUGGGUCCAGAGCUGCUCGGUGCUGGAAGCGGGACGAGGGUCGACUGUAGAAGUCCGCCAAAGGAAGAAGCACAAGACUUCAGGAAGCCAGGAAGCCAGAGCACAGAAGACCAGAAGCCCCGCAGUUUCUGAAAGACUUUCAAAAUAUUUGUCGUUUCAGCGCUUUGCCAAGGUGCUUAUUGGCUGUAUCGCGGCCGUUGUCAGUGGUGUGAUGCAUGUUUUCUACUUAUCAGCGUACCACGAGCGGAAAUUCUGGUUUUCCAACAGGCAGGAACUUGAACGAGAAAUCACGUUUCAGGGUGACAGUGCUAUUUAUUACUCCUAUUACAAAGACAUGUUAAAGGCGCCGACGUUUGAAAGAGGUGUUUACGAGCUGACGCACAACAACAAGACCGUCUCCCUGAGGACGAUCAACGCGGUGCAGCAGCUGUCUCUGUACCCGGAGCUCAUUGCCAGUGUUCUCUACCGAGCAACGGGUAGCCAUGAGAUGAUUGAACCAGUAUAUUUCUACAUUGGCAUUGUCUUUGGAUUACAAGGAAUAUAUGUGACAGCUUUAUUUGUCACAAGUUGGCUUAUGAGUGGCACAUGGCUUGCAGGGAUGCUUACUGUUGCGUGGUUCCUAAUUAAUAGGGUGGAUACAACAAGAAUUGAAUACUCCAUUCCUCUGAGAGAAAACUGGGCUCUACCAUAUUUUGCGUGCCAAGUUGCUGCACUUACAGGCUAUUUAAAAAGAAAUCUAAACACUUAUGCAGAGAGGUUUUGCUACCUGUUGAUGAGCGCCUCAACGUACACUUUCAUGAUGGUGUGGGAGUAUAGUCACUAUGUCUUGUUUCUUCAAGCAGUCUCCCUCCUGCUGCUGGACGUCUUCUCAGAGGAACAAAGUGACAAGAUUUACGAGGUGUAUAAAAUCUACAUAUUUUCCCUUUUCCUUGGGUAUUUGCUACAGUUUGAGAAUCCAGCUUUAUUGGUGUCUCCUUUGUUGAGUUUAGUAGGCGCGUUAAUGCUAAUUAAGUGCCUUCAGCUGAAUGGGAAAAAAGGAACUUUUGUGGCUAAAGUAAUCAAAGUGUUUAAGUUUUAUUUGGUAUGUACUCUGCCGCUGACCUUGAAUUUGAUAAUGAAGACAUUUGUCCCACACAAAGAAAAUGAGCAUGUGCUAAAAUUUCUUGAAGUAAAAUUUGGACUAAAUGUGACUAAGAAUUUCACACUGAACUGGCUGCUCUGUCAGGAGUCUCUCCAGGCACCGUCUCAGGAUUUCUUCUUACGACUGACGCAAUCUUCCCUAUUACCAUUCUAUAUUUUAGUGUUAAUUAUUUGUCUUCUUUCUAUGACACAAGUUAUUUUUCGGAGGAUGAAUGGUAAAUCCCAGAAAGAAAUUGUAACUCUUGAAGACGGGAGAAUUGGAGAAAGGCCAGAAAUCAUUUAUCAUGUCUUUCAUACUCUUAUACUGGGUUCUCUUGCAAUGCUGAUGGAAGGCUUGAAAUUCCUCUGGACCCCGUACGUGUGCAUGCUGGCCGCGUUUGGCGUCUGCUCCCCUGAGCUGUGGAUGACACUCUUAAAGUGGCUUCGGCUGAGGACUGUGCACCCUAUCCUGCUGGCUCUUAUUCUGAGCAUGGCUGUGCCCACUAUUAUAGGUCUUAGUUUAUGGAAAGAGUUUUUUCCGAGAUUAAUUACAGAGUUAACAGAACUACAGGAAUUCUAUGAUCCAGAUACAGUGGAGCUCAUGACCUGGAUAAAGAGGCAAGCUCCAGUUGCAGCCGUGUUUGCAGGAAGCCCGCAGUUAAUGGGUGUGAUCAAGCUGUGUACCGGCUGGAUGGUGACGAGCUUGCCACUUUACAGCGAUGACGAUCUUCUCAAGAGAAACGAAAAUAUUUACCAGAUCUAUUCAAAGCGAUCUGCUGAGGACAUUUAUAAGAUACUAACAUCUUACAAAGCUAACUACCUAAUUGUAGAAGAUGCCAUCUGCAAUGAGAUGGGAACCAUGAGGGGCUGCAGGGUUAAAGAUUUAUUAGAUGUUGCAAAUGGACAUGUGCUUUGUGAAGAAGACAACAAAUUAACCUUUUCAAAGUAUGGACGGUUUUGUCACGAGGUCAAGAUUAACUAUUCUCCGUAUGUGAACUACUUUACUCGUGUGUACUGGAACAGGUCCUACUUCGUGUAUAAAGUCAACACUGUGAUCUCCUUCCAGUCUUGAGAAUAGCAGAGCCUUCGCUUCAGAGACUGCUACUUGAAGUCACAUGCAGGGUUCUGGACCUGCACGGUGUCCUGCAGGUGGUGUGGAUGUCUGAACUGCUGCUGCUCCUCCCACGCCUGCUGCUGAUUCCUGGGUUUACCGUUUUGUUGGAAGUAGAUCAGAUGUCGCUGUCUAAGUAAAUGUCAGAUCCAGCACAGCAAUCUUCCUGACAGCUUUCUUCCUUAAUACAUGAUUUAAAGAUUUCCUGUCGCAUCAUCUCCUCGUGAAUCUUAUCUAUCAUAAUAUUGAUCUUUAAUUUGGAUAUUUUUCAAGGUCAGUGUUUACUUCAAAAGCAUAAUUUUUAAUAAGUACUUAGGGUGAUUUAAUUCUAUAGUAGAAGAGGAAAUUCACAAAGCAAGUUUGUAACAGUUGUGAAUUUUUUACAAUUAAAAAUAAUUUAAGGCCGGGCGGUGGUGGCGCACGCCUUUAAUCCCAGCACUUGGGAGGCAGAGGCAGGCCUGUGAGUUUGAGACCAGCCUGGUCUACAAGAGCUAGUUCCAGGACAGCUCCAAAACCACAGAGAAACCCUGUCUCGAAAAACCAAAAAAAAAAAAAAUAAAUAAAAUAAAUUUAAUGUUAGUUAAAAAUAUGUGACAUUUAAAUUAGAAGGGAAAUAACAUAAAGGAAAGUGAUUCUUUUUAUGAUAUUGUUCCUGUCAUCUGCUGCUUGAGUGACCUAGCAUAUUCUUAGCAACACAUAGGAUGAAUUAGUACUUUGAUUAUUUCAUGACUAUUAAGUGAUUGCCUUUCUCACUUAUGCCCAUUAAAUGCCUAACAAUUUAAUCAUGCUAAAACAACAACUUUUGUUUGUUUAUAUAUUUAUGUGUGUGUGUAUGGACACAUAUGUACACACAUAUACAUACAUAUGUAUGGACAUUUCAAAGAAUUUUAGGUUUUUGUGGAUGUGGAGUAUACAAUCUAAUCAUGUUCUCUAUGGACGUAUUAAAUAAAAAUAAUGAAGACUGUCACAGUAAUGAUAUGCACACUGCCGUGGGCACCGUUUUCUGGAGGUGUUGCAGACACUUGUAAACACACCUGCAUAUAGGUGUAUUGGUUAUAAAGUAUAGCCAAUGAGGUGAUGUUAUUUAUGAAACAUUAUAUGUUUAACAGUAAGAGCAAAGUAAGGGUUAAAUAAAGUUUUCACCAUUUCACAGUAUAAAUGCUAUAUUCCGUUGUGUAUUUGCACUUUUUUAUCAUUAGAAGAAAUUCUAAGCCAGGGCAGUGACUUGCACCAUUAAUCCCAGCAUUUGGGAAACAGAGGCAGCCAGAGAUACAGAGUGGAACCCUGUUUCAGGGAGGAAAAAGAAAAGAAAGAAAUUGCAAAUUAAUUUGGCCUUUUAAAGAGAUUGAGGAUGGGUGAAGCCCGUAGAGAAACGGUUUGACUGAAUUUAGACAGUUGUUGAGUUCUCUACCUUAUUGUUCGCGUGCUGUGAAGUUACGUUUUCAGAACUCUAAAUAAUCUCUUUUCUUUCUGUAACAGAUAUGUACAGAAUUACUUUUCUUUUUCAGGUGUGUGCACUUAGAGUCACUUUAAGAUGCUUUACCGUUGUGGAGCCUAACUGACGUUUUCAUACCUCUGUCUAGCGUCUCAGGCUGACUCUGAGCACCUUGGGAGUCAGUAGCGGUUAGCAUCAGGCUUUGUGAAAAAUGACCAGUGCUCAAGUUCACAGUGAGUAGCCAUUUGGUCUUACUUAGGAUCAAAUCAUGCAGAAGCCGGGCGCUGGUGGCACACGCCUUUAACCAGCACUCGGGAGGCAGAGGCAGGCCCUCUGUGAGUUCGAGGCCAGCCUGGUCUACAAUAGCUAGUUCUAGGACAGGCUCCAAAGCUACAGCAAAACCCUGCCUUGAAAAACCAACCAACCAACCAACAACAACAACAAAGCAAAACAAAAACACGCAGAAGCAGCUUACAUACUGUAAAGUACAAACCCUGUUUCCCUUGUGAUAUGAAAUAGUCAAUUGAAUUUUUACUGACAUGGUAACAUGUGUGGUGUUUUAGUUGCUGGUUUUAUUUCCCUGAAAUAAUAAUUUGCUUUGCUCCUGUCAUUAUAUUUCUUAAAUAGACACACACAAUUUUUUAAUUAAAAGGUUAUAGUUAGUCCCAGGCAUGGUGGUAUACUCUUUAUCCCCAGCUCUCAGGAGUCAGAGGCAGGUGGAUCUCUGGGUUCCAGG